UGUAACUGUGCUUUAUGAUGCUAUAUACCUUCUCAAUUUCCUUCAGGAUGAUGAAUUGAAAUGCACUUUCUAAAUUUUGUCUUCAAACAACAAUUUUUAAAAUGUAAAUUUACAAUGGUUCUCUUGUGCGUGUGUGUUUUUCCAGUGAGGUGUGCUUUGAAGAUUUCCUGUGAUUUGAAGUCAAUAGCAACAUGGGAAGUUGAUGGAAUUGGCUUAGCAACAGGAGUUCUUGUCUCCAUGUAUCUUCUUUUUGCCUUUCCGGUAACAUCUGUUUUGUGUAUUCUCAACUGGUUUGAUAUUCCCCUCUUGUCUCUUGUCUCAAAGUUGUAUGAGAUCUGUGCUGCAAAUCAUUGGAAGCCUCCUGUGUUUGAAUGUUGUAAAGAGGAAGGACCAUGUCAUUGCAGAAUGACUUUGAAGCUCGCCACACCUACAUGUAAAUUUCUUAACUUUUGCUUUAAUUUUGAUGUCAUUAAUUGUUGCAGAUUAUUUUUAAGGUCUAUGAUGUAUGAGAUGGAAUGUAAAUUCAUUGUUUUUUAGUUUAGAUAUGAAGAUUAGCUUAAUUGUUAUAGAUUAGAAUGUUAUGAUGGUUGUAGUGGCUAAGUUGUUAGAAAAUAGAAGCGUCUUUGUAAACCAAUUCGCUACGCUCUUUGUCAAAGAUAGGAUUAAGUUGGUUUCAUUGUGAUGUUUACUUUUAUUUUUUCUUUCUAUAGAAAUUGAAGGGUGUUUCCGUAGAGUGUCGUGUCAAGAACAUUUUUAUCCAUAUGUAUUCAUAACUCCACAAUCCUUCUAAUAAGUGAAAUUUGAUUCUAUUAUGUCUUAUGAAGUUAUUUUUAUCUAUAUGGCCUGAAAACAAUUGAUAUUUUAUUUUUAAUUUCAAAUAUAUGCUUAGAUAUAUUGGUUUAUGAGUAUAUGAAGAAUGGUAGUUUAGGUGAUGUUUUGCAUUGGGAAAAGUGUGGUGAGUUGUUUAUUUGGCUGAAGAGAUUUGGAAUUGCUCUUGGUGUUACUUAAGGCUUGGCUUAUUUAUACUAUAAUUGUGUUCUUACCGUUGUUCAUAUUGCUUGAUCAUGAUUUUGGAUAAUUGAGGUUUAAGAACCUAAGUUAAUUGUUAAAUUUAAUUUC